AUGGCUGAUGCCCAUGGACGCCCCGGGGGCAGGCGUGCUCCCCGGCUGCUCCCCCGCCCUGGAGUCGCAGUGCCGAUGGUUCACCCGCCGGUGUCCCCACCCAAUGCCGAAGUCUUCCUUUGCCCGUUUGUUGCUUUCGACCCGCAGCGUUACUUAUCGGAAGAACAAGCAAUGGGAAGCUCUACUUGGUUGUCUGUCAAGCUCUAUGGCCAGGGCGUGACAUUUCACAGAGCAUGUAUUCUGGCACGGUACCAACCAACAGUACCUGAGACGCCCAUGGCAGGUCUCCGUGCCCCCAAUGGCGAUAAUGACCGACACGGCACAGUCGGGGACUCGAUGGGCUCGACUUCAGAAU